UUUAUGUAACCUUUCAAAAUGGCGAAGCAUCAUCCAGAUUUGAUUUUUUGUCGUAAACAACCGGGAGUGGCCAUCGGACGAUUGUGUGAAAAAUGCGAUGGCAAGUGUGUCAUAUGUGACUCGUACGUGCGUCCCUGCACGUUGGUGCGGAUCUGUGACGAGUGUAACUACGGCUCGUAUCAAGGUCGCUGUGUCAUAUGUGGCGGGCCGGGCGUGUCUGAUGCCUAUUACUGCAAGGAAUGUACAAUCAUGGAAAAAGAUAGAGAUGGAUGUCCAAAGAUUGUGAACCUCGGCAGCGCAAAGACAGAUCUGUUCUAUGAGAGAAAGAAAUAUGGUUUCAAGAAGAGAUGAUUUAUAGUACUUCAUAAAGAUUUCAUUCUGUGCUUCAUAAAGACUGCAUUCUGUACUUCAUAAAGAUUUCAUUGAUUACUCCAUAAAGAUUUCAUUCAGUACUGCGUUAUUCAGUACUUCAUGCACUGUACUUCAUAAUGAAUGAAAGGCUUGAUGGAGUUGGAAACUGAAGAAGACAUGUUAUGUGUAAUUAAUUUAAUUACAACAGUGCAAUUUAUUGAAAUGUGAAUGUGCAUUUGUUCAUUACCUACAAACAUUGUGCCACACCAGUUUGCUCUCUUAUGUGCAUUCAAGCAUUAUUUCUUACAGACUUUCUCAAGAGCAGUAAUGACAGUAAGUUCUUGUGAAGUACAAGGUUUCUUCAAAACUAAGUACAUAAAUUGUUCUGAAAAAGCAAUAAAUGAUGUUACAAUUGUUUUGACUCUAAAGUUGUCUUACAGAACACAUGUUUCAUGUUUGAUAAUCAGGUCAUUAACAAUAAACUGGUAUUUUAUUACU